UACUACCUUUUUAAAUUUCUCUCUCUAACUUUAGCCCUGUGUUUCUUUGUCUCUCUAGCUAGCUAUAGCCCAUUCUUCUCUUUGCCGUGUUCCACUUUUUUAUUUCAUUUAGAAAACUGGGUUUUCUUUUGAAUAAUUAAUCGACUCAUAUGUAGUAUCUGAUUUUUUUAAUUUUUGGGGGGCGUGAUUGUGUGUUCUGAUCUUUCAAGUAUUUGGCUUGUUAAAUUUCUUGAGCACAUUGGAAUGUUAGGUGUUACUAGCACUUGCAGAACAAAAAAAGAAAGAGUUGAUUUUAAUGGGGACUAACAUGAACUUUGGAAGUAACCCACCGCCGUCAGGUGAUGGCGGCGGGAACAAACCGCCGGGCAAUAACCUGUUAACUAGACAGCCGUCAAUCUAUUCUCUAACCUUUGAUGAGUUUCAAAGCACUAUGGGUGGAAUAGGCAAAGAUUUUGGGUCAAUGAACAUGGAUGAAUUGUUGAGGAACAUUUGGAGUGCUGAAGAAAUUCAAACAAUGGCGUCUUCCGGUGGUGUCCUAGAGGGAAAUGGAGGGUUACAAAGGCAAGGCUCUUUGACUCUGCCAAGAACACUUAGCCAGAAAACAGUUGAUGAAGUCUGGAAAGAUAUUUCAAAGGAGUAUUCAUUGGGGAAAGACGGUAUUGGAGGUGGAGGAGGCACUAAUAAUAUGCCACAAAGGCAGCAAACUUUAGGAGAGAUGACUUUAGAGGAGUUUUUGGUGAGGGCUGGUGUGGUAAGAGAGGAUACCCAAUUGGCUGGGAAGGUUAAUAAUGGGGGGUUCUUUGGUGGGAAUAAUACUGGUUUUGAAAUUGGGUUUCAACAAGGUGGUAAAGGUCCAAAUUUGAUGGGAACUAGGAUUCCUGAUGGUGGUAACCAAAUUGGUAUUCAGGCUUCCAAUUUGCAUCCUAACGUUAAUGGAGUUAGAUCAAACCAGCACCAGUUGGCUCAGCAGCACCAACACCAACAACCAAUCUUUCCUAAGCAAACAGGGGUGGGGUAUGGAGCUCAGAUACCUUUACAAAGUGGCGGUCAGUUGGGGAGUCCUGGAAUUCGGAGUGGAAUGCAUGGGAUUGGGGAUCAGGGAAUAAGUAAUGGUCUGAUUCAGGCAGGUGCACUGCAAGGUGGAGGCAUGGGGAUGGUUGGUUUAGGAACCGGAUCACCUGCUAACCAGCUUUCGUCAGAUGGGAUUGGGAAGAGCAGUGGAGAUACUUCAUCAGUUUCCCCAGUUCCUUAUGUGUUUAAUGGAAGCAUGAGGGGUAGGAAAUACAGUGCAGUGGAAAAGGUUGCUGAGAGGAGGCAAAGGAGAAUGAUAAAGAACAGAGAAUCAGCUGCAAGAUCACGAGCUCGCAAGCAGGCUUAUACAAUGGAAUUGGAAGCAGAAGUUGCAAAGCUAAAAGAGGAGAAUGAAGAAUUGCGGAAGAAACAUGCAGAAAUCAUGGAAAUGCAGAAUAAUCAGGCCAUUGAGAUGGUGGAUAUGCAACAAGGAGCUAAGAAGCGAUGCCUACGAAGAACCCAGACCGGUCCUUGGUGAAAGUAAAUCAUGUUUACGAAGCAGCCUGUGAUUCGUUGGUUAAAACUUAAAAUUAUGCGUGGCAGGUGGUUGUACAUAUUUAAGUGGAAAGGAUGGUUGUUCCAUCUUUAGGUUUGGAGUGAUGAAUUAGUGUUGUAGCCUGUAGAGUAGAAUAAGGAUCUUCCAAUAUUUGCAAAAAAAAUUUUCCUGCUCCUACAAGGAUGAUGGUUCAUUUAGUUAACCACCUUUGUAAAUUUCCGAAUAUCCCCAACAUCAAUUGGAACUAAUUUGAGUUUAUUUCAUGAAAAA